AUGAGGAGAGAGCUGAAUAGGAAUUACUCAGAGGUGACUGAGUUCAUUCUGCUGGGGUUUAGAACUGUUCCAAAACUACAGAUCCUUUUAUUCUUGGUGCUCUUGAUAAUCUACAUGAUUAUUAUAAUGGGGAAUGUCACUAUGAUAACUGUCAUUACGAUGGACUCUAGGCUGCAAAUGCCUAUGUAUUUCUUCCUUAGAAAUUUGUCCUAUUUAGAUCUCUGCUAUUCCACAGUCAUCACUCCAAAAAUGUUAGCCAACUUCUUGAAUAAUGAAAAGAAAAUAUCCUACAAUAGCUGUUUGGCUCAGUUUUUCUUCUUUACCUUGUUUGUUACAAAUGAAUGCUUUCUUUUGUCUGUGAUGACAUUUGAUCUGUUCUCAGCCAUUUGCUCUCCUCUCCUUUACCCUGUGCAAAUGUCCCACAAAGUCUGUGUUCAGUUGGUAAAUGGAUCUUAUAUCUUUGGAUUCAUCAACUCUGUAGUGCAUACAGGUUUCACCCUCAGUUUGCAUUUUUGCCAAGAAAACCAACUUGACCACUUUUUCUGUGAUGUCUCAGUCUUGAACAAGAUCUCCUGUGUUGACACCUUUGUGAAUGAGAUUGUGCUGUUUAUUCUGUCUGCUCUCAUCAUCAUCACCACCACCACUGUCAUUCUGGUUUCCUAUGGAUAUAUCCUCUCCACUGUCCUAAAGAUUCCCUCCACCCAGGGCAGGCGAAAGACUUUCUCCACUUGUGGUUCCCAUAUAGCAGUGGUGUGUUUAUUGUAUGGAACUGUCUUUUUCAUUUAUGCUGAACCUGGGGCCACCUCCUCACCAGAGCAAAGCAAGAUUGUAGCUGUGUUCUACACACUUAUAACACCAAUGCUGAACCCUCUCAUAUACAGUCUGAGAAACAGAGAUGUGAAAGAUGCUGUGAAAAGAUUGUUAUGUGGGAAAUGGUCCUCUUGGUGA